CGUGAUUCACUAUGCGCAACAUGGAUGCGCGUAAAACCCACUAUUGACAACAACAAAAAUGCCGUCGGAAGCACCGCUUCUACCAACUCAAACGGAAAAACCGCCCCAUUACAUGUAUCUGAAAGAAUUUAGAACUCAACAGUGUACACUGUUCCUGCAACACAAGUGCACUCAACACCGGCCAUUCACAUGUUUUCAUUGGCACUUUCUGAAUCAACGGAGACGCCGACCCGUCCGGAGAAGAGACGGGACCUUCAAUUAUAGUCCGGACAUUUACUGCACCAAGUAUGAUGAGACAACAGGCAUUUGUCCCGAUGGAGAUGAUUGCCCUUUCCUACACCGGACUGCAGGGGACACAGAGAGAAGAUAUCACUUGAGAUAUUACAAGACAGGGACUUGUGUUUAUGAGACAGAUCCUCGUGGACAUUGUACAAAAAAUGGCCCUCACUGUGCAUUUGCCCAUGGAACAAUGGAUGUUCGGCCACCAGUUUAUGAUAUUCAUGAGCUGCAAUCCAUGGAUGUCCUAGAUAAAGUGUCAACUUCACCUAGCAGUCUAGAGAAGGAAAAAAUAUUAGCCGAAGAUCCCAAGUGGAAUGAUACAAAUUAUGUUUUAUCAAAUUACAAAACAGAACAGUGUAAACGACCUCCUAGAUUAUGUAGGCAAGGCUAUGCAUGUCCACAGUUUCAUAACUCUAGAGAUCGAAGACGAAGUCCCAAAUCUGUGAAAUACAGAUCAACACCGUGUCCUAAUGUGAAGCAUGGAGAUGAGUGGGGUGACCCUGCACUGUGUGAGAGUGGAGACGGGUGUGCGUACUGCCACACCAGAACAGAACAACAGUUUCAUCCUGAGAUUUACAAGUCAACUAAAUGCAAUGACAUGGUUCAAACUGGUUAUUGCCCAAGAGGACCUUUUUGUGCAUUUGCUCAUGUUGAAAAUGAAAUGACAACAGAUCGUGAUAUGACUCCAGCCUCUGAUAACUCUCUAGCUGCGUUCCUAUCCAAUGUUUUACCUGACACGCCCCCCAGCAAUAGUAACAAGAAUGGUGACAAUAAUACUGCAGAAGAAAAUAGCUUUAAAAUAGAGACAAUUAUUCACCAGGAGCAGAAUGGUAAAUCUUCGUUCCAAGGAAAAUUACCUAAUCCUAUAGGAAAAGAAAGAGCUAAUAGCAUAUCAUCAAAUCAUAGUAACAGUUAUAUAGGCAGUAGGAGAAAUCACAAUAGCAGCCCACUGCCUGAUCCCAUCGGCAAAGGGUGGUCAGGCAGCAUGUCCAGCAGUAUUAGUUCUGACUUGUCAGGACCGAUGUACCACCCCAAGGCACCGGGGUCUGAACGGGAGGACUUGCAGACCAAAUUACGCCUGCAGCUCCAAGCAAUAGAGAACGACACAUCGCUGGACAUUGGAGAGAAGGAGAAGAGAAAACAGAACCUCAUCCUCAUCCACAACCUCAACACCAACACCACCAUCCACGGUGGUAAUAUGGGUGGCAGCGGUGUACCACAUAGUGCCUUCGCUAAUGUCAUGUCACAUCUACAGUCACGCACACUGGCAACAGGCUCUACAAUGUCCCCUCUAGCUCCUGCAUUCUAUCCUCCCGGAGAUACCGUGGAAUCUGUUAUAGGGAAAGCAUUAGAUGACAUCAGCCUUGAUGAUUUUGACAUUAACAACCUAGACAAGGAAUUAGACCGUGAUAAUGACACAAAUUCAGUGAGCAGCUCCUUGAGUGCAGGACUGUCAGCAUCAAGCCUGCUGGGCACGACAUCGGGGCCCAUAGGGAUCCCACCCAGCACGAUUCAGCAGCGGGGCAGCGUUGGGAGCUUGUCUCAGUCUCCACCCUCCCCCUUCGGGAGCUUCCCCCACUCCAUGAUGCCUCUGCAGGUUCAGAAGCACGACCACUCCACAGAGCAAGGCAGACAACAGUCCUCUUCUCCGUUCCUUAAUUACUCUAACACGGUGAAAUUGUCCAGUGCAUCCUACAGCGAUGUCAACUCAAUGUCCCCACGUAGCACAGGUCCACAGUCGCCGAUGUUGUCGUCAUCCUCUCUGACUUGUACACAGAACUCGGAAAUACAGCGACUCCGAGAAGAACUGAUCGUCACAAAGGCCAAGCUGGCCGAUUGGGAAGGCGUGUACACACAAGCUAAAUGUGCAUGCGAUGCAUGGAAGAAGGAGGCUGAGGAGUCAAUGAAGAAAGCCAAGGGUGCUGACGAGGACAAAAUACAGGCAGUUAAACAAAGGGAUGAGUCCUUGACUCAGGUUCAGAGGUUGAAGCAAGAAUUGGAGAGUCUGAAUGGGGGACCCUACUUACGAACGUUACACAGAAUAACAGAUCUAGAAAACUUGUCUCUUCCAGCGUUACGACACAUACGACAGACAUUACACGUGGAUUUAGAACGGGUAGAUGAGAUAAUUUAUCAGCAAACAUCCACAAAGUGCUUAGUUUGUCAGACCAACAAAAGGAAUGUGUCGAUUCUCCCCUGCAGUCAUCGAGUGUUGUGUGAGGCGUGUGCCACCAAGACCAGGAACUGUCCCUUCUGUCAUGUCCCCAUUCAGACGACUUCCGUCAAUUUCUUGUAAUGUCAACCCAAACUAGAUCAUCUACUUAUUAAUUGUUUAUGUUACAUAAAUUAUCAUUUGGAAAAUAGGAUUUUUUUAACUUCCAGGUAUGAAACAACUUCAUCAAUGCAAAACCAACUUUGAAAGUCUCAUGAGACUUGUGAUUCUUGUGUUUGGGGAUAUCUUGUGGAUUGUUGUUGGGCUACAAUGCUUCCCCUAUAAGUGUAAAUGCAUUGAUAUACCUAGUGAAAUCUUGCAAUGUGUUUCCUGUAACUAUGUGUAUCAGUCUAGCCCUGAAUUGCAUUAUUUGAGGAGUUCAACCUGAAAUGGUUUAUUUUUACAUGCUGUAAUGGCUUCCUCACAUUGUUGAUAUACCGGUAGUGGAUUCAUUAUGAUACGUGUGUCAGAGAUAUCCUAGAAAAGGCUUAAAUAUGUACUUGUAAACUAUCUUUUGUCCUUAUUUGGCCAUAAUAUUUCUGUUAAAAAUAUUAUCAUUGUUCACCUCAAUUGCUUUUGAUAACUAUCGGUAAAAUCAAACAUUUGACACCUCUUGCCUCUUAUGAAGAGCAGGAUGAUUUUUCUCGGAGAAGGCAAUAGGAUGCCCUCUAAUACAUGGUUCAAAGAGAUAAAAAUGAAACUCUACUGAUUAUAUUUUUUCUUCAAGAUGUACCUGAGAGUCAGAAAUUUCAUUUUGUGGUCAUUAAUGUCACUAUAUGUGAACAUGGACCAUGGCUGUAUCAUUUGGGAUGGUCUUUAUAGGGAUUGUUUCAUCAGGGAUGUUGAUUAUGGCACUUAAAAGUAAGUAGAAUGACUAUCAGAAACGUACCAUCAGUGAUUAAUUAAUCAGACAUCACUUUAUUUGGGAACAGACGUCUGUGUGACUGAAGAAUACAUGAUUUGACUGUCUGACUUAUUCCUCAACUCAGGGAAACAAAGUAACUGGAGAUUUGUUAUACUGAUGGGGAAGAAGAGGAGACUGAUCAUUGUUGACUGUCAAGGUCAUUUUGGUAUUGCAAUAGCAUUGCCUUAGUCAACAACAUUAUUGCGACACUGUUGCAAUGUAGGUAUGACUAUUGCAGUAGAUUUUCUUAACAUCUUUAACAUGAUGACAAUGCCUAACCUGUCUGUGAAGCAUGAGGUUCAGCAGAUUGUACAGAAGUUGUUCAUCAGUUCAGAGUGGUCCCUCUGGCAAAUGUCAAAUAAAAAUGUAUGCAUCUUUGCUGAAUGGAUACCAAAGUUUCUCAAAGAGCAAGGUGUAUUUGGGAUCAAAAUGAAAAGAAAAGCAUGGUAGCAUGGCAUUGAUAUUAGCUUGAGAUAUUUUAGCUUCUAUUGGCAAUAUUGGGCAAUAUGCAGUUUGAUGUGUUGAUGAUCAAUCAAUAUAACCCCAGGCUGCUGAUCAUUGUAAAGAUACCAUUUCAGGGUGAGUUCUCUGUCGAAACGGUUGACAUUACCUACACAACACUUAGUUCUCAGGCAACAACAUUCAUUAGUUUGUGCAUGCGUACAGCAGCUAUUACUAGAGCUUGAGGCAGAAUGAUAGAAUGAAGUACCUUUUACUGAUGAAGAUAACUGAAAUUGUUUUAACCUAACACUGAGAAAGAAGUAGUAUUGAAUUCCUUAAUAACAAUCCUCAGACUCCCUGUAACUUUUCCCACUGCUAGCCACAGUUUUUGAAUUGCACAAUAAGCACAGCCCCUGUUCUGUCAUAGCUUACAGAUAUAAAUAGUCGGUAUUUAGUGCACCAGAUUCCUAAAUGAACUGCGGCGGUGGGGUAGCCUAGUGGUUAAAGCGUUUACCUGUCACGCUGAAGGCCCUUGCUUGAUUCCCAACAUGGGUACAACGUGUGAAGCCCAUUGCUGGAAUAUUGCUAAAAGCAGCGUAAAACUUUAUUCACUCACUGAAUCACCUAAUUGAGCUUGAUGUGUUGCAUUCUGGCUAAUAAACAUUAUUUACCUGUUCAAAAUAUGUGUUAUUCACUUCUAGUUAAAUAGAUGAUCUAGAAAUUGGUGUAUAAUCAUGAUUACUACAUACACUAAGCACUAAGGUUUCAACUUGUAGGUAAGGAGCAGAAGUUUACUUUUGGCAAAAUUCUCUAUUUAACAGAGGGAAUAAAAAUCAUCAUUGUUAUUUUGGUAUUGGAACGUUUUGUAUUUGCAGUAAUACACCAGGUACCUAAUUUGUUUUGAUGCAAAUAAUUCACAUGUUACUGAGCUAUUUUCUAGAUCACAUUAAACUUUGAUCUUGUGUUCUGUAUAAUACUGCAGACUUUUGUAAGUUCUCUACUUAUAUUGGCUUGUGAAAAUUCAUAAUGCAAUGUGUCAUAAACCAACCCAGGGGAGCAUUUGAGUUUUAUUUUGAAAUGUUGUUUACAGUAGUGCUGCUCGAGUGUUUUUUCCUUAUUUAGAGUUUUUCCAGUGUUUCCUUGCUAUUUAUAUGGUAAAGUACCUAGUGAAUUCUCAUCUGUACAUAGUGAUGACAUGAAAAGGGAAGUAACUCUAGUCUCAACUGCAGUCAUUGGGUUGCCCACACAUGCACAUUUAGAGACAUUGUGAGUGCAUGUUUCUUUUAUAUUGAAACAAAGUAAUCAGCUGGUCUGAAAAAGAAGAAAUAUGCAAGCAUUUGAACUAAUACAAUUGCUUUGAGAGUCUUACAAGAAUGACAUUCGCGAACAUUUAGUAACAUUUAUGACUUCCCGGUAUGAAUUAUAGUAGAUGUAAAUAUGAACAUUUUCCAAUAUGCUUGUUUUCUGUGAUGGUCAAAGAGUAGAGAGUUUUGUAACAACAACUUUGUGAAGCUGUAUUUGUAAGGUGUAAAUACAUGUCUUUAUAGAUUCUGUGGUUGGUGACUUUAUAAAUUCAUCAGAAUAUUUCCGAUAAUUCAAUUGUUAUAUAUAUUGAUCACUUUUACCAUGCAAGUUAGGAUGUAAGGAGGCUAAUCCUGCCAUUUGAUGUCAAAAUGGAUUCAUUUUUGAUAAGGCCAGACCAUUUUUGAUAAUGAUGAUGAUGUAAUGGGGUAUAUUUAUGAUGCGCCAAAUCCAUCCAUUCUGAAAGUGCUAAUUAUCCCUGACAAAGGAUCUGUGUGCGCUCCUUUCAUACUCACCUUCCUGGGGAGUAUAGUAUAAAAGCCAAUAUUAUGCCAAAUUACAAUAGGCCAAAAAUAUUCUUGAGGUGGGUGGGGGGCUUCUGGAAGACUACCGGUAAAUGAUUUAAUGUUGAUCAUUAACAAGCUGGCUUUGUGGAAAGUCUGUCACAAAAGUUAAAAUGGGAUUGCUUGCAGGUGGUUCACAAAAUGCAUUUGAAUGAAAAAUAGUUUGUACAUAAUUAAUGGGUAAAAAGGUUCAGUCCCAAUUCCAGCUGAUAAUGCUCCAUUUGAGGUUUGAGACAAAAUAACUGAGUCAUUAAUGAGUUUGAACCAAAUUCUAUUUGUAGAAAUAUGUGUAAACCAAAUCACCCAAUAUAUUGCUCAAUUUUUAGAUGUCAUGACAGUUUUGCUGUCAGGUUUUAAACUUGAAUAAAUGUUGUUGGCAGAAACAUAUCGAUGUAAGAGAAGCUCCACGUAACGUUAUGAUGGCUACAGUAUACACGACAAUUGAGCACAAAUUCCAUAGGCGCUUUAAGUAGCUCUCUGUGACUUAUACAUAUGUAUUAUCGAACAAAAACUGCUUUCAAGCCAAAGAGAAAACAUGACUACCGGUACCUGGGACUAUGUAUGCGGAUGCAUUCAAUCAAAGGUUGCUUUGUUUUGUUGGUGUUUUGUUAUACCUUGGGAUGGUUCGUCUGUGAAACAAGGAACAAAAAUGGUCUGGUCUAAGAUGAUAAACUAGAUCUUGUAUUUUGACUUUCCACAAAAUGUAAUUCUGUUGUAAAUAAAGAAUUUUAAACAACACCUUUUUUUUUUAAUCAAAGUUCAUAAAACAAGAUGUUUUAUUAACAUUUCAGUAUUACUUUUCAUAAAUGUGUAGAGGGUUGUAGUCAGACCAUUACAUAUAUAAUACAAUGUAUAUAUUUCUCCUAACUGUGAAGCCAAUGCUGAUGUGAAAUGGCAUAACAUAUCCUUUGGAGCUUUUCUCCCAAGAAACUUCUACUCGUCUACGACCAUGUUCAGUGAUGUGAGAUCUUUCUGAUAAGUGUUAUAUUUCCCAAUAGCAUUUACCAAUUGAUGGAAAAGACUGAAAUUAGGGGAUGAAAACAAAUUGGUUGCUUUCAUUGUGCACUUAUGUUUGUGUGUUGUGUCACUCCCUUAGCUUGAGAGGCUCUCACCAUGAUAUAUAUUGUCACAAGAAUAUUACGAUUCAUGGUGAACUCUUUACUUAAACAUUUUGUUCUUUUGUAAAGUAAUUAUUUACAAAUGUUUUCCAUACUAUUCUUCCCUAUUGUGCGUGUCAUGUGUAUAUUACAUUGUUACUGAUUAGACUUCCUGUGUGCGAUCAACACUGUUAGUGCUAUUUGACUUUGUCCAUAUUACAUGUUAGGGUUUCAUCAUUUCUUAUGGAUUCUGCAGGUGUUUUUUCUUGUAUGAGUUGCUAUCUGUCUUUAUACACAGCUUAUUUCGUACAACUAUUUCACACUUUCGAAUUCUCUUGGUUCAUUGAUUUUUUUAGUUAAAAGUGUGUUAAGUAAUUGAGAGAAUUUGAAAAAUCAACGCAUUAAGACUUUUUGAAGAUCCUUAAUGAUUAUUGUAUAACUUUAAGAGUGCUAUUUGAUUAUGUCAAUGAAAUUGUUUGAAUAUAUAACUAGUUGCUCAUGCUUAAAUUGUUUUGAUUAUUUGACUUGACUGAUGCUUACAUUACUUUGUUACCCAAAGGGUUCUAGGUUUGUGUAAAAUAUAUGAUGUUUGUUUCCUUCAACUCAUCAAUACCUUGGAGAUGUUGGCAGUAACUGUUGAUAGGACAUGAUAUGUUUCUUAGGAAAUUAUGAUCUGCUUUGUACUGGAAUUGAAUUUGUUUUACAUGUUGGUUGUUUUGUUAUGGUGAGGUGAUUAGUCAAUGAUUGCCUUGUUUACAACAAGACAAGUACUUUUCUUUGAUGGCAUAUUAUGUUGCAAGGAUCAAGCAUUUACAUUUUCUUGGGUCAGUCCAGUGAUUACUUCUGAAAAUGAACUUCAUCUGAGCUGUUAAGUUGGGAACAUUUUUCUCCAUAUAUGGGAAGAUCCAGUUUUUUGGCAAGUAAUCUGAUUUGUUAUGAAAGGUAAAUCAACUGAGAAAUGUAUGCUUCAUUAUUUUUCUCUGGAAAGAAAAUAAUAAUCAAAGAUGUGACCUUUUCUAUUAGUACAAUGGCCUGGAUUCUAUGCCAACUGUGGAACAACUUGUUAUCUUUUGUUGAUUAGCAGAGUGAUUUAUUUUACUAUUGUUGUUGAUGCAACAAUUAUUUGGCAGAUGCUGAUAACAAAGAGUCUUUAACCAUCUACUAUCUGUAAGUCUGUGUUAAUGAAGAUAAGAAAACAGAUUAGACAAUAUUUUAUGUUUAUUACUUUGUUUUAAUAGCUUUGUUGUAUAUUUCUUAUUGGUACUGUAAAGGAUUGUUUCUUUGCCGUUUAGAUACUAUCCAUGAAAACAUCCUUUUUGUGGUGUUUUAUUAGGCUGGAAUAUAUUAUUUAUUUGAUUAUCAUCCAUGUAUUCCUGACAGGAUUGUGGGGAAGUAUUUUAUUUCGUUCAAAGACAGGAAAUUGAGUCUGAAAUGUGAAGACAGCAUAAGAAGAGGUAAAAUUUUGGGGAGGUGGGGUGGGGGGGAUGAUGUAGUUAAUAGUUUAUACUGGCCUGAUAGAAAAAGAGUUAUAAUAUGUUUUUACUAUUUGCCAUGGCUUAUAGUAGAUAAGCUUUAUGUAUGUUAUACCUGGUAUGUUUAAAUCUGUUUCCGUAGCUUUUGCUAUAACAGUGGGAUUAUCCUGCAAUUUCAAAUAAGAGUUAUAUUUUAGGGGAAAUAUUUGAAAACAAUUACUUCAUCCUCAACACAGUAAUAAAGUCAAUAUUUAUUGUGAUACUGUGUAAACUGUUGGGAUAAUAUUUUUUUAACCGUCAUGCUACAAUGGUUAUUUAGUGUUUUUUCUGCCUGACUGAAGGCAGAUCUACAUCCACAUGGCAUGAGCAGGAGCUUGAGUGAUGCUGUACAUAGCCUGACUGGUCCUGUAUAUAGGGUAUGCAAGGACAGAACGUGAGAGCGAGCGUGAGUGUGACUUGGAGAGUGAGUUGGUGGCAUGUAGAGGGCGCUGUAGCCACACGCUAGACGUAAUAUGUGAGUCUCUCUAGACAUUUGUGAUAUGUUCAUCUAGGGAGAGGAGAAGGGAUUUGCCAGACAACUGGCAGAGAACUCAUCUUUGUAACACUUUGAAAAAAAUGAUUGACAUAAAAAAAAUCAUUAUCACUGAA